CCUCAAGAGAUGCUGGUUUAUUUUCUAGCGGUCGCCGAGCCAUCAACAUCUCCUUACGGUUUCAUUUAGCGGAUCAGUAAGCUAAUAUUUUCCUAGUAGGUAAUUGAAGUCUGAUUUAAUUAUUUUUGUAAAUAAGUAGGUAGGUACUUAUAUUUCCGGCAAUCAUUAUUCAAAAUAAUAAUUCAUUUGUUUUCUUUCCCCAUGUACAGGCUGAAACGCGAAACAUUGUUUUGUAUCAUACAACCUCGAGCUCCAAUCAGUUUUGUCAAUCAAUUUGUGCCUAUAUAAAUCGCGUCGUGUGUACUGAGAUGUCAUUUCUUCGGUCGCCUACGCUUGCGACGUAUAUGUACAUAUUAAUUGUGCGUGGAAAUUAAACGGUUGACUUUGACCAGUGAAGUGUUUCUAACAGUGUGAGAUAAUAAUUAAACAAAAAUGAAGAUAUUAAUGAGAGCGGACACCCAUUACAGCAUAGCAGUGCGGAGUGAUUAUGAGGAACCAAAGUAUACAUUUUCACAGGUACUAGCAGCCAUAGCCGUGUCACUGGGAUCAAUGGUUGUAGGGUUUUCGUCCGCUUACACUUCACCAGCUCUCGUCACCAUGCAAAAUGACACAUCAAUAAACGUUUCGGAAGAAGAGGCAAGCUGGGUCGGAGGUUUGAUGCCACUAGCGGCCUUAGCGGGCGGGGUGAUCGGCGGGCCUCUCGUCGACUACAUCGGCCGCCGCAAAACCAUACUCUUCACCGCCCCGCCCUUCUUCGUGGCCUGGAUCCUCAUUGCAACGGCUACAAGUGUCCAAUUAGUUCUAGCGGGACGUGCCGUCUGCGGUCUAUGUGUAGGCAUUGGAUCGUUGGCUUUUCCCGUGUAUCUUGGAGAAACAAUCCAACCCGAAGUCCGCGGCGUAUUAGGACUUUUCCCCACCGCUAUAGGAAAUAUCGGUAUACUUUUAUGCUAUACUGCUGGAAAGUAUUUAAAUUGGUCGCAACUAGCGUAUUUAGGAUCAGCCCUGCCUGUACCAUUCUUCAUUCUCAUGCUAUUAAUCCCGGAGACUCCGCGCUGGUAUGUAAAUAAUAAUCGUUUGGAAGACGCUAAAAAAGCUUUACAGUGGCUUCGAGGAAAAAAUGCUGUAAUCGACAACGAAAUCCGAGAGAUCCAACUAUCGGAAGCCGAGACGCAAGAUUCCGAGUCCACUAUUCGAGAGCUAUUCAGCAAAAAAUCCAUGAGGUCCAUUUGUAUUUCCUUAGGCUUGAUGGCGUUCCAGCAAUUGUCUGGUAUUAACGCAGUUAUAUUUUACACUGUAAAAAUAUUCAAAAUGUCCGGAAGUUCAGUUGAUGAAAAUUUGUCAACAAUUAUAGUUGGGAUUGUUAACUUUGUCUCCGUAUUUAUAGCGACUGGCUUAAUUGACCGUUGUGGGAGAAAAAUACUUUUAUAUAUAUCAUCCGUAACUAUGAUACUUACUCUGGCCAUACUUGGCACUUUCUUUCAUGUUCGAGAUAAUAUGGGCCUGGAUGUCACGACUUUAGGAUGGUUGCCCCUGACGUCUCUCAUGGUGUACUUGUUAGGUUUUUCAAUGGGAUUCGGUCCAAUACCAUGGCUAAUGAUGGGGGAGAUUUUGCCAGCAAAAAUCAGAGGCCCGGCUGCAUCAAUCUGUACGGCUUUUAAUUGGUUAUGUACAUUCGGAGUCACCAAAUCAUUCCAUAAUCUAAUAGAUGCCAUUGGUCCUAAUGGUGCAUUCUGGCUAUUUGGGUGUAUCUGUUUCUUGGGCUUAUUCUUUGUGGUAGUGUUUGUGCCCGAAACCCGGGGGAAAAGCCUUGAGCAGAUUGAGAAUAAGCUCACAGGUAGACCCAAGGGCAGAACACGCAGACUUAGUUCGAUAGCUAACAUUAAACCUUUGCCAAGUGGUUGUUAGUAGUUAACAAUAAUGAAAUAGGUAAUGGCUUAUAAAAGUAAAUAAAAUGGUAUCGAAUGACAAUAUCGGUAAUGUUAAUUAGUUUAUUAAGAAAAAAGUUAAUGAGACAUGCUACUUACGUGCAGCAAUAACAUAUUUUGAAGUAUUUUGCUUAUUUGAGCAAAAAUUUCAUUAUUAUAUGCAUAACUAAGAUAAAUAGGUACUUAAUCUUAUUAUUCGUAGUCAACUAAUAAAUAUAUUUUGUGAAAUAUUUACCUAGUCCUGUUUUGUUAGAAUAAUUAGCAAAUAGGAAGGUGGUGUUAAUAUUUUAUAAACACAAAAAAAAUUGUAACAACUAGAAAUGGCAUUGAAUCUCAACAGUUUUUUUUUGUAUUGCGCGCGCGACCUAAUUAGAAUGAGAAAAAAAUAUUUUUGAUAAAUUAAAUUCUCGAUCGCUCGCGCCGGGUCAAAUCUGUGGCAGUAACGUUAUUACAGUUAUACUACUGGGGCCCUACCGCGGAAACCGAAAUUCGCAAAUUGCGGGGAUCUUUCUCUUUUACUCUCAUUAACACGUAAUUGGAGUGACAGAGAAAAAUGUCCGCAAUUGACGAACUUCCAUUUUCGCGGUUAUAGCCCUGCAGUCGUCAUCCGGGUAUACCUAAUCUUAAUCUUAACGGGCUGUUAAGAUGUUCCUCUGUUUCGAUAUUAGCCACGUCAAAUUAAGCCGAAUAUGGGCAAUCAGGGGAAAUAAUUCGUGUAGUUUUGUAAAUUGGUACAGUGUAGGUACGAGCAGGUUUAAGCUUGCUUAUUCUGAAAAAAAAAAAAAAUAGUUAUGAUGAACUAUUACGCAAAUUCUUAAAUCGUCUAUUUUUUAUCUCUUUGUUAACUUGAAAAACCUGUAUCUCUUAAAGGAUUGAUCGUAGAGUAAAAAUAAUUAUGACUAAUUUUGUAGGAAAUUUUAUGUAAAAACUUGUAUCAGAAGUAAUAUGAGCAAAAAUCAGAAAAAGGUACCUUCGACAGCUUCGACUACACCGUCAGCACAACCCCCGCCCCGAGAACUUUUAAUAUAUUCAUGAAUACCAUAUCUGUACUAAUUUACAAAACUACCCGAAUUAUUUCGCCUGAUUUUAUUAAUUUUUUAGCUUUAACAGUACUUACUUCAAAUUUGGCCUUCUUGCCAAUUGCCUAUUUUGGCCACUAUUUCUUGAUGUCGAGUACAAAACAAAAAGUUUUCUCUUAUCAAAACAGUUAUUACGCGUAUAUUGUGCCUUAUUGUUCAACACAGAGUGCAAACUGUGGUAUAUUGUAGUGAUUGAUUGAGCCUCUCAAUGUAUGAUUGAUCGUAAUUAGUAUAAGUAGUCUCAAAUGCUGAGCGUUGAUAUGUGAUUGUUUGCUAAUGUCAAGUUCAUAAUAUUAUAUAUCUACAAUCUUCAUAAUUAAAUAGGUACUAAGUAUAUAGUUUAUUUGAUGUCACUUCUUAGAAUUUGAUUUAGGUUUAUAUAUGCCGUCGUUUGGACAGUGUUAGCUAGUGUAUUAAGUUAAUAAUAUCAUCAUGAAUAUUUUUUUUUUCAUACCUAUUUGUAAUUAUGUGUAUAAAAAUAAAACUGUUAUAAGUUAAAAUUGGUGAUAGAUCUGGUAAGAUCUGAUUUUUUGUUAAACAUAAAUUAAAACCCAUUCUUGAAA